GUGAAUAGUGCCAAACCCUCUUAUGUGAAAAGAAAAUAUUCAAAUCACAACAACUUUGGAAAUAAUUCCAUCAGGAACGUAGAAUCCACAACAAGAUUAGGUCAUCAGAUGUCAUACAACAGUCCUGAUACACUGCUGGAAACAGAAGAAGAGGUGCUGAACAAUAUAAGUAAAAACAACAGCUUUGUUACAGCAGAAUCUGUCACAGUUUUUAAUUCACAGGAUGAAGAGAUCUGUAAAGACAAUGUGUAUGGAAGACCCAGGAAGAUGUUUUCUCCUGAUGUGGGAUCAGCAAGGGACCAACCUAAGAUAGGCCUGAGGAGUCAGCCAUUUAAAGAUCAAUGUCAAGAUUCGCAGUCAUAUUCUGUCAGAGAUACAGAGUAUGGUUCAGUGAAUUCUUCAGGACAAGAGUUAGAUACCAAUCCUGAGAACUUUAACACAGGGGGUGUGGAAGGAAAUCCUGUAGAUAAUGCAGAAUCUGUUGCGUCAAAGUGGGGGAAAUUUAUAUCUGUAGAUGAUGAGGAAGACUUGGAUUAUUUGAACUGUUCUUAUGACUUCAAUACAUCUUCGGGAAAGAUAAAUUCAGAGUCACAAAGACGUAAUAAUAAUGUGGACACAAAUCAUAUGACAGCUGCAUCUAAUCAAACUUCUAAAAUGAGCUCUCGCAGGAGCACUGCAUUGAAUACACCGGCACAGAGAGAAAAUGCCGAUACUCUCACAUUUUGUAAUGGUACAGUGGGUAUUAGAAAAAGUCGGAAGUUCUGCUUUAAAGGCAGGCAACAUUCAUCUAAUGGUGAGCAACAUUCAUCUAAUGGUGAUAAUAAUGACAGUAUAUUUUUGGAAAGUAAUCAAUCCACUGCCAAGAAGGUCAUAACACAAAGAAAUGUGGAAAAUUGUGAUACAUCAAACCACAGCACAGAUUCUUCUAGUUUAGAUGUCAUGCAGAAAGGUUAUUCCUCACAUCAUCAGAACUUCACAAACUCCACCAAUCAGUGUGUAGGAAUUUCCCCUAACCUUGACCUUAUAUGUCUAGGUUCCUCCCCAAGUCUGUAUGAAUCCCCAGAGCAGAAGUCUUACAAAUACAUGUAUAAUUCUCCAGCCAGCCAGUCCCCCAAGUCUGGAGACAUAGUACUCACUAAACCCACCAAUCAGAAAGUACUUGCUGGUGCAAACUCCAAAGCCAGUUCUGAAGUUAACUCCCCUAUUGGCCAGAGAGUGCCACAGACAGACAGUUCAGCAGAUUCUAUGAUACAGAUCAACCGUGAGAAGAGGUUUAAUCCUCCAAUAAUCAAUUCUACCUCCUCACCAAACAUCUUAAUUGGAACAAAGAGAAGUUUAUGGGAUGACCUUCAGUUUGCCAGUCUGUCAGAGGUAGAAAACAACCCCACGCCAGUCAGGAAGAUUGUCAUACCAACCAUGUUCUCCUCUCCUCUACAAUACAAACAGGUCCUCAUGUCUGCUCUCAGAGAGCACUUGAACAUCAUUUUGUUUGAUCUGUCAAAGCAGUAUCAUCAGGUUUUGUCAAAAACAGAUACCACAAGUUUAACAUUUCCAGUGAAGAACACUCAGAGCAGUCAGUCUAGGGAUACAGGACCCCCAUUACCCCCCUGUCACUGUGGGGUCUCCUCCAAACUGAUCCAAGUCAGGAAGGAGGGACCCAAUAAAGGAAGAUAUUUCUACUCCUGUACCAACCCAGUCAGUCAGAGGUGUAAGUUUUUCCAGUGGGCUGACUCCAGUGGAAAUGUAGGGCUACAUCAUAUGGGUGGAGCUAAGGUAAGAUUGACAGAUGCUGCCAGUGUGACAUCAUAUUUCCGUCAGCACCAUAUCAUGUUCUAUUGUCAGUGCCAAUACCUGCAGAAGUCAAUGGAAAGCAUUCUGGCCCACUUCAAAAAUCCAUGGGCAAAACAGAAGUACCAGAGGGAAAAUAAAAUGCAAAGAAAAUACUUCAUUCGAUUAUCCAGAAAAGAUUCCUCAACACUGUUCUCCAAAGAUGAUUUAUGGAUAGUAUCUAGAGAUCUGAAUUUUGAUUCUACUUGUACCUUUCUGGCCAAAAGCACAUACUAUGGACCAACAUCAGGGAAUGAAGUGGAGAUUGAGCCAGUGUCCAAGUUCUCACCCUCUAAUUGGAAGAAUGAAGCUCCUUGUCAUGCUGUGUUAGCUGGAAAUGUCAGUUCUGAGCUUAGUUACCUUGACAACAUACAGGACAAUGUACAACAGAGUUGUCUGCCCAUACUCAGCCAACUUCUCAGUGUGGACAGUGCUGAUGCUUCUAAGGCACACAAGAGAUUCCAGCCUCCCAGACUAAAUCAGGGCAAAUCAACCUCUAACAUUCAUGUCCCUGUAUAUGCAAUGAAUGAGUUGGUUACUGAGUUUAUGAUGACCUACUCUCUGAACAUGGACCAGGGUUCAGCAUUAAGGAGACUGGCAGCCAUGUUUUGUGAGGACAGUCACAGUGAAGUGUCCUCCCUUCUUCUUAUACAUGGAGUGUUCGGUGCCGGGAAGAGCUUUCUGUUGUCUGUUAUGGUAAGAUUCCUAGUGAGGGUGUUUGAAGUGAAUGGAAGCUACACCCCAGGACUACCUUACCCUUGGAAGAUCCUCAUCUCCUCCACCACAAAUGUGGCUGUGGACAGGGUUCUCAUGGGAUUACUGGAUAUUGGCUUUGAAGACUUUAUUAGAGUGGGGAGCAUGAAGAAAAUUGCUAAACCAGUGUUACCUUACAGUGUACAUGCCACUGGUACAGAAAGCCAGGAGCUUAAAGAUCUACAGGAAAUGAUGAGAAGUGGUGAUCUCAGUCCCUCAGAGAAACACAAUGUGCGUCAAAGUAUAGAGAAACAUAAACUUGGUGAAAAUAAGAAGAAGCUUGGCAGUGUUGCUGUUGUUGGGGUCACUUGUGCUUCAUGUGUUGCUCCCAGUCUCAAAGACUUAAAGUUUCCAGUGGUUAUAUUAGAUGAGUGCAGUCAGAUGACAGAGCCAGCAUCUCUAUUUCCUAUGUCUAAGUGUGCUUGUGAGAAGUUGGUGCUUGUAGGAGAUCCUAAGCAAUUAGAUCCGACAAUUCAAGGUUCAGAGGCCAGCCACUCAGAGGGACUGGAGCAGACAAUGUUUGACAGACUCAUCAAAAUGGGCCACAUUCCUACUCUGCUGAGAACACAAUAUAGAUGUCACCCAGUCAUUAGCAACCUUGCCAACACUUUGUUUUAUCAAGGUCAGCUGCUGGAUGGUAUUGAGGCCACAGACAGGGCACCUGUUUUGGAUAUCUUGCCCACACUUUGUUUUUAUGAUGUUUCUAAUGGACAAGAAAGUAGUGACUCCAGUGGAAGUUUCUCAAAUGAAAAGGAGGCAGAUUUUGUGGCAUUUAUGAUAGAGGCUUUAAUUAGUGCCGGGGUAGAUUCAACAUCUAUUGGGGUGAUCACACUCUACAAAUCCCAAAUGUAUGGCAUCAUAGCCAAGCUAGGCACCAGCAGAAACUGCAGUCAGAAUGAAACAAAGUCCAUCCUUGUUUCAACUGUAGAUGCAUUCCAGGGUGGUGAAAGGAAUAUCAUUAUCCUUUCUUGUGUACGCACCAACAACACAGGCUUUAUAGACAAUCAAAAGAGGACUAAUGUUGCUUUGACUAGAGCCAGGCAUCAUCUUUUUAUUGUGGGACAUUUAAACAAUCUGGAGAAAAACUCACUCUGGGGAAGAGUCAUUUCCAUGUGUAGAGACAGAUUCUCUCAAGGGUCUUCCUCCAGCACUUAUAGGCAACCAAAGGGAGGAAAAAGAAAAAGGAAACAGGAUGAGGAAGAGGAGGAAAGUCCUCCAAUGUCACUGACAGGACAAACAGAUGAAUCUUUGGUCAGUGAGAGUCCUAUCAUAUUAAGUUCCUUUGAAACGACAGAUGAGGCCUCGAGAAAUAAGUCUAAGCGGCGGAGAGAACUUCCCCACAUUGAUCCGACACUUCUGGACAGUGACAAGGAAAAUGAGGAGGAGGAGGAACUUCCUGUGUUUGACCUCUGACCUUUUACGUCGGUGAUGCUGACCUUGAACUUAAAAAUAUCACUUAAACUAUAAUAUCCAUUUAUGAAAAAAAGCAAUGGUAAAUUUGUAGUGUUCUCAGAAAUGAAUGGUAUAUGUAUAUUUAAAUGAACUAUUUCAACUGAAAGGAAUGUAUUGUCCUCCUCUUAAAAUGCAAUACUUGUUUAUAUUGUUAAAUCAUAAUAGAAGAAUUGAACAGUGACUAAAAUAGAACUAUCACCUCUAACAUCAAGAAAUAGAGGAUGUUUUAUAAUAAUGAGAUGUUAUGUGAUAUAUUUUGUGAUAAAAUUUUUAAUUAUUAGGAAAUGUUCAAGUUUCUAUUUACAGUAUAAUAAAGUUUUCUUUGAACCAA